GUUGGGUCCUUCUCAGACAGCAGGAGAAGCUAAACACCUUUCAUCUAUGCAUUAAAAGUAUCUUGGGCAUUUCCAACAGGCAACAAUGGUCUGAGCACAUCACAAUGGCAGAAGUGAGGAGGAGGUGGGGAGAUGAGGAGACUGCAUCUGAGAAAGUGAAGAGGAAGAGGUUGGAAUGGUUCGAACACCUAUCUAGGAUGCCAGACCAUAGAAUACCAAAAUCAACCUUAUUUGGUUGGUUGCCUCAGCCCCACCCCAGAUGUGGUCCAAAGAAGAGAUGGAGAGGUCUGAUGAAAAGAGAUUUUAAAGACAUUGAAGUAUCAGAGAAGGAAUGGUAUGAUGAGGCUGUGAGGUUGAGAGCGAGCUGGAGUACAUUGUGUCGUGAUGGUUUGGAACGUUGGAGAGAGAGAGAAUGGGGACAUGUGCUCCGGUGGCAGUCAAGGAUGUAUGAGGUGUGCUCCAGGACCUUUAGAAGACAGAGUGAUAAGGCGAGACACAAGUGUAUGGAAGAAAGAAGAAAACCUAUAAGGGAACAACAGGGUGCAAUCCAAUGUUCAAAUUGUUUCAAAUGGUUCCGAAGUAAAGGAGGAUUGACAGUUCACAGAUGUUUAGAAUUCUAGCAAGCACAAUAUUCAUUCAUCGGACUUGUUUCCUCUUGGAGGCAAGUGUGACCGUUUUCCGGUAGCUUUUGAACAGGACGGGUGUA